AAUCAUGUGACACAUGACAUGUGACUCAAAAUGGUGAAUGGUCAACAAGGAAAUUCCUCAAUCAUGAAGAACUUUUCGUGCAGUUUGCUGCUAAAGCAGUCGAUCCUCUGCUUGAUUGUCGUCAUUUCCACACUUUCCUCCAUUUCCUGCAACCGACUGAAGUUUGUUCCAUCCCAUGCUACAACACCUUUAUACGAAGAUUGUGCAAAGGCUCCAAAACACUCAACAAUAAAGAAUGUCAUCUUCAAUGCCUUACCAGGCCAGGCUUGCAAGCUAAAGAAAGGCACAAAUGCGUCAAUCGAAAUUGACUUCAUUUCAAAUGAGCAGACCAAUACAGUAAAGGCCAUUGUCCAUGGUAUCAUUAGAAGCGUUCAUAUUCCCUUCCCGAUACCCAACAGCAAUGGGUGUAAAAACUGUGGUCUGACUUGUCCACUCAAGAAAGGAACGUCAUAUUCAUACAAGACUAGCAUUCCUGUUAGAUCUGUUUAUCCUGAUCUUCAACUUGUAGUACAAUGGGAACUGAUGGAUGACAACAAUAACCAGCUUGUCUGCGUCGUGGUUCCGUGUGACAUUGUCGACUAAUCUUUUGUCGUUAAUGCCACGAAUGGUUCUCCCAAUUUCCAUUGUUAACAAGUAAGACUACAGGCAGAUUGAAAAAGUUUUUCUCAAUGUCUUCACAUGGGCAAUUCCAGCAUCGUGGAUAGUGAGAGACAUGUUUACAGUAAUAUGAAUGUUAUGCACUGUGUCCAAACCUUACUUGUCAGUGAAUGUUACAUCUUUUAUGGCUCUUACCUGUUAAAAAUACCUGAAAUUGUCCAUAAUCUUCUCUAUAAAUAUCCAGGUAUUGCAAAUCUCAAAUUUCUUCAAAAGCACCUGUAAUCCUUUGAAUGAGAUGUCUCCUAUAUUCAGCUUCUUGUAUACCUUAUUUCAUUCUAGAGUAAUCUUAGCAAAUUCAAUAUAUGCCCUUUGAGAAACAGUUGAGCUUAAUAUUUCAUAUCUCAAAAUGUAAACACAUACUCAUCACUGUCGUUAUGAAAUGAAGGCAAGUGUCUUUGAAAUAGGGACUUGCAGCAAAUACAACUGCCCAACUCUUUCCUUUCUUGUGCAGUCCUGAAAUUUGUAUUUUGUAUCUUCUGACCAAAAACUAGGAUUCUCUUUUGAGUUAUCAUGGAAUGAAAUGAAAGUAUGUUAUUUGAGCUUGAAACUGCACUGCCAAUUUUUAGAUUUCUGUACAACUGUGUACUUCAUCACGUUCUUCAUCUCACUUAUUCUCCACAGCUUGAUGCAACUUGCACGUUAGGGAUUAAUAAUAGCUCAACAUUCACGACACUCAAAAUCUAGAAAACAUCUUUUGCAGCUUAUUAGCUUGAACAGUAGAACUUGCAGAUAAUUUAUUAAAAAACCAGGUGGUGUGUUGAGUAUUGAGGCCUGUCGUCAUGAAGUAAGGGCACUAAGUUGAAUAGAGAGCCCCGCCCCUUGGUUUCAUACCAUGUUGAAUACACUUGUAACAGUCCUUGUAUCGCACGACUUCCUGGACAACUUCCCAAGUAUAAACAUUUCCAGAGAUUAUUGUGACUGCUGCCUACGAGCGUUUUUCUUCUGAUUGUUCAGUUACUGAUCACAGGUCCCUUGAUGCUGCACUAAGAAUAUUUAUCUGGUUUGUACCAUUGUAAGUUUUAGAACACAGUCAUGAUAGUUAUUGUUGUUUUUUAUGCGGUCAUGUAACAUUGGCAUCUUGCGCAGUCAUGAACAGUAUUUAGAAUGAAUGUCAUUGUAUGGAGAUGGUUGUAUUGUAUUUGGGAAGUUGAUCCAUUGCAUAUGACCCUAUAUUCAGGUUUUGUACAAACCUCAUUUGAAUUGUAUGCGUAGACUAUUUGUAAAGUGUGUCUUUUAUACAGCAAUAAAAUUUUGAAUAGAAUAA